GUUCAAAUUUAUCUGCCUAGGGAACGCUCGUCCCCGCCAUCCCCGCCAAUUCUACCGGGCAUUCCCUAGCACAUUCCCCUAACCAUGUAAAUGUGUACGCUCAGGAAGCUGGCCUGCGAGCCGGGUUUUGAUUUCUUACUGCCGCACGCAAACGAAAUAAUUAGUUGAUGCACUCAUCAUGGCGUCCUUUGUGCCGUUUAUUUAAGCCGACCCUGUCUCCUUGUUUGCACCCAAGUUGAAAGCUCCGUUGCUCCAAGUUGCCGCCUGCUCUGCUUGUAAACAUGGCGGACGCCUCUGUCAAGCAAGACGCAGACGAAGCGACGGAGGGAGCCUCGGUUCCCGCGGAGGACCCGGAUGCCACUCCGGCGCAGGCCGCCGGGCGCCGGACACGCAAGCCUGUCCAGCCGCCGGGCGGAGUGGUGACGCGCCGCACCUCGGCUCGCCAGGUGGCGUCGAGCGCCACCCGCGCGACUUGCGAGGCCCCCCGGCAGACGCGGGGCAGGCAGGCCGCCCUGCGACGCAAGGCCCCCUCGCCGGUGGCCUCUCCCGCCGAGACUCCGCAGCACCGCAAAGGGUGGAAGCGGAAAAAGUCCGACCCCGAGGACCUCUCCCCGUCGGAGCCCGAGCUGGAGCACGACGAUUCGGACUCGGACCCCGUCUGGAUACCGGACGCAGCCAAGGGAGCAGCGGGAGCAGGAGUCGCCGCGCCGCCCCCCGCACCCGCGGCGACCGAGCCCGAACCGGAUGCGAAACCGGUUCGACGCGGCAAGGGAGGCAAGCCGGCCAAGACGAAGCCGGCCCGGCCCGGGGCGCGCAAGGGCGGCGCCAAGAAGCCCAACGGCAAGGGAGGCGGGAGCAUUGACCUGGCUCCCGACAGCGGGUCUCCGGAGUCCCUGCAGCUGAAGGUGGAGCUGCCCACGGAGGGGGACCCGGCCGCCGUGCGCAGGGACUACACCCGGCGCCCGGGGGCCGCCCCCACGGGCAAGGCCGAGGCGGCGCCCCUCGAGAUCAAGGCCGACGGCGGCGGCUUCAAGACGGGCGACUACAUCCUGGCCGUGGCGGACAGGAGCAAGACGCGGCCUCCCAUCUGGCGCAUCGAGGGCCGCUCCUUGCUCCAGCGCUUCGAGGCCAUCGAGUCCGGGGACCGCCUCCUCUACCGCAACAUCUCCUCCUUUUCGGCGUGGAACCCCUUGGAGCAGGCCAAGUACACGAGUAUCACGGUCCGCGUGCACUCGAACAGCAGAUCCGCCACCGUCGUGGAGGUGUUGGAGAUCCACAGCAAUGCCCUGGGUGGCACGGGCGGCGAAAAGAACGGAACGGAAGCCAGGAAUGCCAGCCGGACUGUGGAGAACCUUCUGGAGAAGUAUGAGGUGUACCUGCAGACGCUGCUGAGUCACGUGCUGGAUCCUAACUUCCUCUCCGAGGUCCACAAGGAGAAUGACGAGUACUUCCUGAGCAACAUGCAGACGAUCGACGGCGAGAACGAGGUGCGGUGCAGCGCCCUCAAAGACGCCCGCAACUGGAGUUCGGAGCUGUGGAAGGCGGCAACCUUGUUCCCGGAAGUGGCGGUGUCCGACAUGGAAGACACCAGCCCCACCUGCGAGGGCUGCGGCAUCGAGCCCGCAACGCGCAUGGUGGACUUCUCCGGGACGUGUUACAACAAGCUGGACCUGACCGAGACGUCCGCGGAGGAGGAAGAGGAGGAGAAGCGCACGUUCCGGCUCUGCUUGGGCUGUGCCCAGCCCCUGGGCUCCUACUGCCAGCUGCACCACUACAAGUUCCACGCCUUCCAGAAGUGCAAGGACAAGGUCUCAAGCAUGCAGACGGAGCAAAAGUUGAAGGAGUCCCAUAUCAUCCUGGAGCGUUGUUUACAAGACGACGCCUGGGUCAACCAGAUGUUUGCGGAUCUUCAGGGCCUGUGGGAGACGUGCACGCAGCCGAGUUGACUGCCCGGCGACGCCCCCCGCCGCGGGACCCCUUGGCGAGGCCCCUCGCGCCUGUGUACAGUCAUUUGAACGUCUUCAUGUGAGGCCUGUCAGACAGGGCACUGCAUUGGUCACGCAUAUUCUAUUUCUAAGAGUGAUUCUACUUGGUUCUGUAGUGAGUAGCCAGGGGAUCAAUAAAGCGUACCUCUUACCCCCA